AUCACCCGGUACGUACAUUCAUAGUCAACAAUGACCGCACCCCCUCUAGUAGCCAACGCCCUCCAAGUCAUCGGCAACACGCCCGUCGUGCAUCUCCACCGUCUCGUCCCCGAAAACCACGCCGAUGUCUACCUAAAACUCGAAUCCGUCAACCCCACUGGCUCCUACAAAGACCGGAUGGCCAAGUCCAUGAUCGAGGAAGCCGAGCGCCGCGGCGAUCUGAAACCCGGAAUGACCGUCGUCGAAGCAACCGGUGGCAGCACUGGUUCUUCGCUUGCGUAUAUCUGCGCGAUUAAGGGGUAUCGGUUCCGGGUUGUGUCGUCGAAUGCGUUUGCGCCGGAGAAGUUAAGGACUAUGAGUGCGUUCGGGGCGGAGGUUGAGUUGAUUCAUAGUCCCACGGGGACUAUCACGGGUGACUUGGUCCCGUCGAUGGCGAGACGGGCACGGGAUAUCGCCGAAAGCGGGAACUGUUACUGGACGAAUCAGUUUACUAACCGGGACUCCUUCGUUGGGUACGAGGAUAUCGGCCAAGAACUCGUGCAACAGUUUCCGGACGGAAUCGAUGCCUUCUGCGGUGCUGUUGGCACUGGCGGGAUGGCGAUGGGGGUUUCUCGCGUUUUGAAAUCCCAGAGACCCGAGACACAAACGGUUGUGCUCGAGCCGGCCUCUUCGCCGGUACUUACGGAAGGCCGUGCCGGGUCGCAUGGGGUGGAAGGUGUUGGGCUUGGGUCUGUCCCGCCACAUCUGGAGAAGAGUUUCUACGAUGAAGCUCGGGCGAUUUCUGAAGACGAGGGUCGUCAGAUGUGUCGCCGUCUGGCUCGUGAGGAGGGUCUUCUGGUCGGUACCUCGACAGGUCUUAAUGUCGCCGCUGCAUUGGCCCUGGCUAAAGAGCUAGGACCCGGGAAGACUGUUGUUACGGUGGCGGUUGACACAGGACUCAAGUAUUUGAACGGGAAUCUUUUUUCGGUAUAGAAUGUACAUAUCUAGAUAGACUAAUCCAAGAAGAUCUUGCCUUGAGCCACCAAAGCCGCUGGACCAGCGAGCUGCAUGCUCUCCACCUUGUCUCGUGACUCGUUCAACCCAAUGUUGACAAUGAUCUGACUAUCGCGUCCAAUUUCCGAUCCUUGGUCGAUAUUGAAGCGAUGCUUGCGACUUUGCUGUCCAGAUUGCAAAGCGAGAUACGCACCCAAGGCACACGAUCCACUUCCACACG